GUGGCUAAUGUUUGUUAGCAUGUUCACCCUUGUUGGUCAUGUUUGUUAUGUUCUUUAGCACUGACAGUGUUUUUUUUACCAUUGAGGCUAAUGUUUGUUAGCAUGUUCUCUGACAUGACUAAUGCUUGUUAGCUUGUUCUCGAGCAUGGCUAAUGUUUGUUAGCAUGUUCAUCCUUGCGGCUCAUGUUUGUUAGCAGGUUCUCUAACAUGGCUAGUGUUGUUAGUAUUUUCACCAUGUCAGCAAACUUAGCAAACUUUCCAACAUCGUGGCUCACUUUUGUUAGCAUAUAGCAUGGCAAGUGUUUGUUCGCAUUUUCACCACUAUAGCUAAAAAGCCACAGACUAGUAUUAUUGUUCUAAAUGCCAUCCUUGUCAUGAAAAUAUUAGUUCUAAUGUCCAUACACAUGAGUUUGGUCUCAGACAGGUUCUCAAAGAGGUUCUACGUAUGUCUGACCAGGUUGUAGGAGACCAUGUAUGUGGACCAAACAUUUCAGGAACCGUGCACAGAGAAGAGUGUUUGGAGGCCUUGUGAAGACAAUCUCAUGAUGAGCUACAACUAAGCACGGACUGUUCUUAUGGCCCCAGGACAUGAGGAGGAGGGGCGUAUAAAAAUACAAACAUGACAAAAGUCCAGACACUGGCAGACUCCACUGAGAGUCCUUUCCCGACAGUCUGGUUCUGAUCCGCAGACAUGGACAAGUGCGAUGAUGAACUGAGUCCCAGAGAGCGAGAACUGCUGAAGAUUCGCCGCGACAGCGACACCAAGGCGGCACAACUGGUGAAGAUGGAGAAGUUACUGCAGCAGACCAAAGACCUGAUGGACAAGAAGGCAGAGUCUGGGUGUGAGAAGGCCCAAGAGAACAUGGUGGAGGACCUGGAGGAGAAGGUGCGGUCCAGUAGGCGUCACAGGAGGAAUUCUCUGCAUCACACUCAGAUGUUGGAGAGCCAGAUGAAGACGGUCAAGGGGGAACUAGUGGGGACACUAGACCACCUCCAGGAGCUCCGCAAUGUCCUCCAACGCUCGCAGCAGAAGGCUGAGGAGCGCAAGGCCGCCAUGGAGAAGCUGGCGGCAGGCCUCAGGUGAAGAUAAAGGUGACCAUGAAGAUCUCAAGGACAAAAAACAAGGUCACUUUAUGACCUAAACAAUAUACGAGACAUUUGAUGCAAACAUAC